AUGGCAUCACAGAAGCAACCACAGCGGAAGGACUCGGACGUUUCGGAAAAAUCGGACUCCGGCGGGGGCGAUCCCUACGCUUCCGCAGACUAUCAAGAAGCGCUCGAAGAUGUGCACACCCGCUUUAUUCUGAAUUUGCCGCCCUCGGAACUCGAAACAGCCGACCGACUUUUCUUCCAACUGGAACAAGCAUGGUGGUUCUACGAAGAUUGGAUCUGUGAUCCUCAUCCAGAGAAAGUUUUGCCUCGGUUUUCCAGUUUCAAACCCUUUGCCCAGAAAAUGUUCGCCUAUUCGGAAAUGCUACCGGAGUCCCACAAAUUCGGAUCCAUGUGGGCGGAGUUUUCGCAGUACAAGCGCGGAAUAUCUAACUACGGAUGCAUUCUCUUGUCAGUGGAUUACACUAAAGUUAUUUUGUGUCAAGUAUGGAAUGGAAAGACGUUCACCUUUCCAGCUGGAAAGAUCAACCAGGGCGAAGAUGGAUUGACCGCCGCAGCCCGUGAAACCUACGAAGAGACAGGGUUCGAUCCCAACUGUGUGUUUGGACAAACCGCUUCCUGGAAAGCGACGGAUCCUGCGAAGAUUACCUGGAAAUCUUUGCAGGAACAGGACGCUCUGAUUUUUCAAGAAGACAAUGGUAAACGCCGAACCUGCUAUGUCUGUCACGGUGUUCCGGAAGACUUUCCGUUCCUGCCCGUGGCACGUAAGGAGGUCGCCAAGGUAGCCUGGUACCGCGUGGAUAAGAUACCGAAAUCUUCGUAUGCGGUAUUUCCCUUUUUGUCCCAACUGAGACGAUGGAUUGCUCAACGCACAAAGUCUUCGCGCGACAAGUCGACGGGCCGAUCGAAUGCUCGUAAAAAGGGUACACCCAAGCGUUCCGGCAACAACUCCAGAGGUCGCGAUUCUCGCGGUAAAGUGCGGGAUGGCGACGGCCUGGUCACCAGUGGACUAGCUGCGCCCGGAGAAGUAUCCAGAUGGUCGGAAGACGAUAUGUUCGCCGUUAACGAACGUCUCUUGGGGCGAAAAAUCACGUACGACGGGAACCCUCAUUUGUUUGAACAAGGAUUUCAAGGCCAGGACCCGCACGCCUUUCACGUCGUCGGUGGGUCUUUCCUCAAUACCAAUGAUUCGACUCUGGCCCCGCCGCCGGCAACUUCAAAAUUGCAACCUUUGUUUCGUGGCAGUAAUAAUGAUACGGGGAAAGAUGAGUUGCUGCCCUUUUUCUCGGAUGACGGUGCUACACCGUGGGGAGAAACAGUGGAAGACGCCAAAGGAGCACCGCCACCCAGAGCUCUCAAGGACGACGCCGACGCCUUGCUGGCACUUUUACAGCAAACGAAGGAUCCACCCAAAAGCUUGUUGACAACCGGGAACGAUGUCGAUGUGGCAUUCCUAACGGACGCGGAAGUAACCGCUCGCAGUAAUGAAACCAAAACAACUGAUCGGCGAGUCACUAUGCGGGCGCAGUACGAAGCCGAUAUGGAGUUUAUUCGCGAAUGGGUUGCGAAUCUACCCAAACCAGGACCUUCCAAACAUUUUGGAACGUUCAAGCUUGACGCCGACGCAAUCAUGGCCAACGCGUUGGCCAGUGUAUCAAAAUAG